AUGGGAAGCCAAGGAACGAUGAGUUCAUCAAGUCCCUUGGUGGUGAAAAGAUCACCAGUGGUCAUAGUGAAGCCAUCAAAGGAAACACCUGAAGUCUCUCUUUCUCUCUCAACUCUCGACAACGAUCCUUACCUCGAAACCCUCGCCAAAACCAUCUAUGUCUACGCCGCACCCUCCACAGACGACGUUCACGACGACCCUGCUUCUCGUCUUCAAGAUGCUCUCUCUCAUGCUCUUGUCUAUUACUACCCUCUCGCCGGAAAACUUCACCGGAGAUCCGACGACCAUAGACUAGAGCUGAAGUGCACUCACGCAGACGGAGGAGUCCCCUUUGUAAAGUCAACCGCAGAGUGCACUCUCUCUUCCCUCAACUAUUUGGACGACAUGGAUGCAGACUUAUACCAACUCGUGCCUUGUGACGAAGCUGUUCCCUCUGGUGGCUACAACGCUCUUGCUUUGCAGAUCACUCUGUUUGCGUGUGGAGGGAUCACUAUUGGAACGGCUCUCUCUCAUUCCCUCUGUGAUGGUUUUGGGGCGUCUCAGUUUUACAAAACCUUAACUGAGUUCUUCGCCGGAAAGACACAGCCUAGCGUCCUCCCCGUUUGGGAUCGACACUGCCUCACCUCUAACAACUUCAACUUUAAUGGACAAGUGGAGGAGGAAGGAGCUCCCAAGCUGGUUGAUUUCAAGGAGGCUUGUUCUUCUGCGGCAACUUCUCCUUACACACCAACCAACAACAUGGUCUGCGAGAUCAUCAACUUCACAUCUCAAGACAUAACUCAGCUCAAGGACAAGGUUGCUGAGGAAGUCACAACUCUGGAGGUUCUUGCGGGACACGUAUGGAGAGCAAGGUGCAAGGCCUUGAAGCUGAGUCCAGACGGAACUACGCUAUUUGGAAUGGCGGUAGGUAUACGCCGCAUAGUGGAGCCACCGUUGCGUAAAGGCUACUACGGAAACGCAUUCGUCAAAGCCAACGUAGCGAUGAAGGCUGGAGAGUUGAGCAACUCAACGUUGUCUCAUGUGGUGAAGCUCAUCAAAGAGGCUAAGAGAGCGGCGAUGGAGAAGAGGUACCUGAGUGAGCAGCUAAAAGAGACAGAGAAAAGUCUGAAGAUGAAGGUAACGUGUGGAGGAGGGAACGGAGCGUUUAUGCUGCUCACUGAUUGGAGGCAACUUGGAUUGCUAGACGAAGUUGAUUUUGGGUAUGGAGGAACGGUGAAUAUAAUACCGAUUGUGCCUAAAUAUCUGCCGGAUAUUUGUAUUUUCUUGCCAAGGAAGCACGGUGGCGUUAGGGUGCUUGUCACGCUUCCCAAACCUGCAAUGGACAACUUCAAGGAACACAUGAAUCCCCUAAGCAUUUAA